ACUAUCAGUGGAGACAAAUGCCAGUCAUCUGACCGAGUCUUUCUCUUGAUUUUCUGCAAAGCAGUAGACUUGAAUGAGGUAUAGAGAUGGCACCAAAAAGAGAACCCUCAAUUAAGAAGUCUCCAUCAGGAGGAACAUUACCAAGACAUGGACCACCAUUUCCCUGCUCUACCACCACAACACCAACAUCUCCAAAACCAGCUCCAGAGUUAAAACCACGGAUGCUGCGCCCCUCUGAUUCACCCUUUGACCCCAGCACAUUAGAGAUUGAGUUUAACUUGGAGCAAAUACACGAAUUCAAAGAAGCCUUCCUGCUCUUUGACCGGACGGGAGAUGGAAAGAUCACCUACAGUCAGUGCGGAGAUGUGAUGCGUGCUCUGGGCCAGAAUCCUGUCAAUGCGGAGGUGCUCAAGGUCCUGGGAAACCCAAAGGCAGAGGAGAUGAACCAUAAAUUGCUGGACUUCGAACAGUUCCUGCCCAUGCUCCAGGCCAUCGCUAAGAACAAAGACCAGGGCACGUUUGAGGACUUUGUGGAGGGGCUUAGAGUAUUUGACAAAGAGGGCAAUGGCACGGUCAUGGGGGCUGAGCUUCGCCAUGUUCUCACCACACUGGGAGAAAAGAUGUCCGAAGAGGAGGUAGAAACGCUUCUAGCUGGACAAGAAGAUGCUAACGGUUGCAUCAAUUAUGAAGCCUUCGUGCGUCACAUCAUGUCUGGCUGAAAGACGUCAAGGGUAACUCGUCCGCAUGGUCAUGAGCGGUUGAAGAUACGGAACCCAGCCCUAUUGUCUGUCUUAUUUUUUGUGUCAUUUCAUAUAUGUAUAUUUUCUUCCUAUUCAUUCCAUUAUUUUCAUUAGCUCCAGUCACCUUAUGUUUGCGCACAUUUGGGUUUUAUGAUUAGAAGUGCCUUUAUCUUCUGUAGGUUCUCAUAACUCCCCAUUAGACGCACAUUCUGCCCGGUGGCAUUCAAAUCAUAUAGUGAUAUGACAAAUGUCUCUCGUAUGCUGACACUGUCUGCAAUAAAACCUCUUGAUGCAGCACAUUUGCAGUGUGUAUGCAAUAUCCAGUGUAUCCUCAGGCAUUUACGGUAGACAAUGCUGUAGUUAAAAUGUUGCAUCUGGCCAGAUUUUUAUUUUUGGCCUUUUCAGAACAAGUCCAAACUGAAAAAUUAUGAAUCGCAAAUGCAAUAAUCUUUUCCUGUUUUAAUUAUCUUGGAAUGUUCAGCUUGUCCAAUAAAGUACAUUUUAAACAGA